AUGAAGUACUCAUUCGUCGUCGCUCUCAGCACUAUGGUGCUCGGCAUCGCUGCCGCUCCCGCUCCCGCAGGCGCACCCCAGGCCAUUGCCCGUGCCGAGCACGGCUACUUCGACUUCCUCCACCACGCUGCCCGCGCCGAGUCUGGAGACAAGCCCACCAAGACCAAGUCAGCGAAGAAGGCUCGCAAGACCAAGCACGCCAACAAGACUCGUCCCCCCGGAUCCAUCAUCACUUCCCACCCCGGCAACCCGGGCAACGGCACUAACCCCCUGGUCGUCGGCCGCGCAGCUGGCAACGGCACCUCUGGCGGUAACAUCCCCGCUGCUUCCGGCACCUCGGUUCUCAAGGCCGCUCAGACUGUUGCUGCCGGCAAGAGCUUCGACGGAGGUAUGAAGAUGUUUGACCGUGGCGUCUCCUGCACUGGCCAGGCUGAGGGCGGUGACUCCGACGCUGUCUUCAUCCUCGAGAAGGGUGCCACGCUCUCCAACGUCAUCAUCGGCCCUAACCAGAUCGAGGGUGUUCACUGCAACGGUGGCUGCACUCUUACCAACGUCUGGUGGUCUGCUGUCUGUGAGGAUGCCUUCACCAUCAAGAAGCAGGAUGCCGGCGAGACCACCAAGAUCACCGGCGGCGGUGCCUCCGGAGCCAGCGACAAGGUCCUUCAGCACAACGGCGCCGGUACCCUCUCCGUCUCUGGCUUCACCGUCUCUGAUUUCGGCAAGCUUUACCGCAGCUGCGGCAACUGCAAGACCAUGUCUGAGCGCCACGUCAUCUUUGACGACAUCAACGCCUCCUCCGGAAAGCUCCUUGCUGGUGUAUCAACUCCAACUACGGCGACACUGCCACCUUCACCAACAUCGUUGCUUCCGGUGUCAAGGAGAUCUGCACCACCUUCACCGGCAACGACUCCGGCGACGAGCCCACCGAAAAUGGCUCGGGUCCCUCUGCUUCAUGCAAGUACUCCGAGUCCGACAUCAAGAGCUCUUAAAAAGCUCCGAAUCAACCAGCGAGAUCUGCUCGGGCACAUUUUGGCCCCGGAAGAGAGAUUCGCAAAUGCCAUAUUCUGUGGAAAGGCACUAAAGGCUUGUUUACCUGUAGAUAUUCUUUUUCUUGUACAUGCCCAUAUAGCGUGUGUAUUUAGAAUCAAAGCCCCGAGGGCAAUUGCAUGA